UUAUUUGACGCGUCGGUUUAAAAAACUAACCUCGAAUAAAAGUAAAAGUUGUGUGUUGUGGCGUCUCGUAAAGCUUGUUGUGCCCUAAUAACUAUAAACAUGAGGGGAAAUCUUACAAACAACGGUAAAAUUGAAACUCUAUCAUUCGAAGAGGUUCAGAACAACUUCACUUCGAAUAUUCCACAGAAAUCAUCAUUAAUCAGUGUGUCGGCGAAUGUUUAUUACGGUUAUCAACCUUUAACAACAACCGACAAUUCCAAUGAACCCAUGCAAUGCGAGGACUUGACAAAAUCUUCGAGUGAAAUGGAAAUUUCGCAGAACGAGUGCUAUUUUUGGAACAGAAAACGUGCAAGGGAGAGCUCAGAUCCCUUUUUACACAACUGUAAAAAAAGGCGCCAAGAUGAGGUGCCAAAACAAACAUGCCAAGAAAGAACGCCAAACAAAACUGGAUUAGAAGAGGAUUUGCUCAGAGAAACCCAUGGAUGUAGCUAUUAUCAUUGGAUAGCUAGCAAUAUAUAAAUCAGUAUAUUCAGUAGUUUGUGGUUGUUCAAAAUAUAUUGCAUUUAUUUCGACAGUGUUCUGAAAAAGAUGCACAUUAGAAAUUUAAGUAUAGGCAAAUUUGUUAGUAAAUUUGAUAAGUCCUAUUUUUCUAUCAAUGUUUUAGAAUAGAUCUAUUUUAUAGAAUAUAUGGCACAUAUAAUAACAAAUUUGUAAUUGCAAAACGAAAUAUUUGUUAUUUUUCUAACAAUUAUCACAAAAUAAAUGAUUCUAAGAUU